AUGGCCGCUCCAAGAAGGAGAGGUUCGACGAUGAUGGUCCAGACUCGCCACAGAAGGAAGAGCACCAGACAUGCAAAUGGGAUCCACGACGCCGCUGCACCUGCUCAAGAUGCUUCACUCACGCAGACUGAGGCUGAACUGGUUGGUGAGAUUAUUGCUGAGCAGCAGCGGCUGGAGUAUGCGACUGAGAGAUGGCGGGAGGCGGCAGAUGCGUAUAAUUUCUGGGAGGUGGAGAUUCAGAAGAUUAACGGGAGGAUGAGAAUGCGGGAGAGGUUGAUUGAGGCGGAGAAUAAGGCCAGAACGGUGGAGUAA